UUUCACUUGCACAUAAAUACAAUAUAUUUCGCUAGCUUUUAAAUUAAACCAUUACUACAUUCAAUAAACACUAUCACUAUAUUUCAGGAUCAAGGAUAAAACAAUAGCUAUAUACGAAAAUUCCUUUUAAAAUAAUCACUCGUAUUACAAAAUUUUAAAUUUUAUAAAAAAAAAUUAACUCUUUUAAUCUGCGUCAAAUAUUGACGUGUCGAAAAAAAAAAAACAAGAGGGAGAAAACAAAGGAGAAAGAAGAGUACAUGAGAGUCGGUCUAGGGAAAAAGAAAUGAAGAGUGGAACGACCAUUUUGCCGAUAUUUUUGUUAGUAAAAAAUGGGAGAAAGACCACUUUUUUAGCUUCCUUUAGAUUUGCAUUUUUAAAAAUUUGAAUUUUCUUAGAUUUUCUUUUUCUUUUAACUCUCUUCUUUUUAAGUGUGUUUAUUUUUUUUCAUAUUUUACUCAUCUAAAUCAACAACACUAUAAUUUUCACAAAAAAAAUCUCAUAUUUUUUUUUUACUGUUUUCAUAUCAAAGUUACAAUCUUGCUAAAUUAUUUCAGUAUUUUCAAAUCCACUCAUCAAUAUACAGAUUGGGAUUUUCUUAGAUCCUCUGUAUUUUUAAGAAAAUCUUGGUUUGUGUUUUUGAUGGAUUUUGUGUUUUUUUCAUAUAUAAUAUAGUUUUUUUUUUUUUUGAUUUUAAUGGCUGAGGCAAUAAUGACAAUAGAAGAACAUAAUAAUACUAGUAAUAGUGGUAGUAAAAAGUUGAAGCAAAAAAGAGUUCCACAAAGAGGAUUAGGUGUUGCUCAACUUGAGAGGAUUAGAUUAGAGGAACAACAAAUAAAAGAUGAAAUUUUGCCAACAAAAUCAAUUGUUAAAUCACAAGAUUCAACUUUUAGGGCUUUAAAAUCAUCAACAGUUUUGAAAAAUUGUGACUUUAGAUUGAAUUCAUCAGCCCCAUUUGUUGAUAAUUUGAGUCCAAAAAAGGGUUUGGAAUCUACAAAACAAGUGAAUGUGAGUGAAGGGUAUGAUGAUGAUGAUGAUCAUGAUUGCUCUACAUUGUGUAGUGAAAAGUUUAGUUCUGAGAAAGAUCAUCAAGAUGAGAAGGUGUAUCAUCAUGGUGUUGUUAUUCAAUCCCCGAUUUUCGCCUUGCCACAAUAUCAACAACCUGUUUGUUCUUCAUCAAUGGUGAAUAUCUCAUCAGGUAUUUCAUCAUCAUCUGUUAAAAAUUAUCAGAUGGAGCCCCCUUCAAACCAAAGUUACCCCGGCUAUAACUAUUUACCUCUAUGGCCCGAAGAAGUGAAGAGGGUUGGCAUAAAAAGACCAUAUCCAUUCCCUCCAGAGUUCCCACCUGUCCCUACAUUUCACUGCAAAUUUCCUCCGCGCUAUGAUUCCCCAGUGUGCACAGCAAAUUCAGAGUCAAGAACUUAUCUUAAAAGAGAAGUUCCUUUAAAAUCAAGGAAUGUUGUUAGACAAAAGAGAGCUCUCAAUGGAGAUUUUCUCACAUUGGCUCCUCCAACAGCUGUUGGUGCAGUAAAUCAGCAACAUCCUCAGAACAUCGAGCUGUUUAAAUUCGAGACUCUACCCUUUCAAGAAGUUCCUGAAGAGUCUAGCACUAGGUCAAGCCUAAACAGAUCAGUUCAACAACGCGUUUUCAGAUUCUUCCCACCUCCGAACGUGCAACUUGGACAACCAGGAAACAGUCAUGGUGAAGUAGGAGGGAAAGUUGAUCUUAAUCUGAAGCUAUAGAAGUUUAUUCCAUGCUAUAAGAUAUCCUGGAGAGAUGGCUUGUUAAGUAUAGAGGUAAAAAAAACACUACUUCUAAACUGCAGUAGUAGAUAAUUAUAAAAUGAAAAAGAUGUCUUGAACAUGGUGUUUCACAAUCAAAAAAAAAUAUAGUUGUUUGACUAUAGUUUUAUUACAAAACAAAAUGAAGGUAAACAAAAGCUCUUCAUUUCAAGUAGUUUAUUUGAGUCUUUUGCAGUGAAAGUGUAAUGAAAGUCUUUUUUUUUGCUUGUCUUAAACAAAGGAUGUGUUUCAACUUUCACAGCCUUAAAUCUGUUCUUGAUUCAGCACACUUCCACUGUAGUGUU